AUGUACAAAGCUCAAACGCUUCAUGCAUCCAUCGUCAAGAAGGGUCUCGAGGACAAUGUUUAUCAGUGCAAUCUCCUCCUUCAAGCUUACAUCAAAUCCCACGCCUUAUGUAGUGCCCAGAAACUUCUGCGUUUCAUGCCCAACCCCAAUGUCGUUUCACACAACACUCUUCUCUCAGGCUACUUCAGCUCUGGUUUGGUUCCGGAAGCCUUGGAAGCUUUCACUGCCACACCCACGAAGGAUUCUCAUUCAUGGAACAUACUCAUUUCUGGGUACGUGAAAAACCAGAGAAUUGAAGAUGCCAUGGAGCAUUUCGUGAAGAUGAGACAAAGUCCUGUUAAGCCCGAUGGGUACACGUAUUCUAUAGUACUACCCUUUUGCGAUUUGAGUUCUGGGCAUCAAGUGCAUGCUGAGAUUGUUAAGGUUUGCUCAAUUUCCGAUUCUUAUUUGGGGACUAAUCUCUUGCAGAUGUAUGCAAACUGUGGGGCUAUCGAGGAUGCAAGGAAGGUGUUCGGUGAAAUGCCCAUGAGAGACUUGGUUACUUGGAAUGCCUUGAUGUCUUGCUACUCUAGAUGUGGGUUGGGUGAUUUCUGCUUAAGUUUAUAUAAGCAAAUGUAUAGAGAAGGAAUUUUGGCCGAUGAGCAUACUCAUGCAAUAAUUUUAAAUGACAUGGCGUCUCACUUGCGACUGAUGGAAGCAAUGCAGGUCCACUCAUGUGCAAUUAAACUCAGCUUUUGCUCUGAUCCAUUCAUCACUAAUUCCUUGUUAGAGUUGUAUGCAAAGUGUGGCUUAAUUGACAAUGCAUUGGUAUUGUUUGAGGAGAUUCAAGAUAAGGAUGUUUUUGCAUGGACAACAAUUGUUACUGGUCUGUCACAGAGUGGACAUGUGGAUGAAGCCAUGUGGCUCCUUUAUGAAAUGCAGUUGGCUGACGUGGAACCGAAUUCCUUCACCUUUGGCGGCAUGCUUGGUGCCUGCGCUGCAAGAAACACCUUGCAAAGAGGACGACAACUCCAUGGUGUUGCUAUAAAGUAUGGAUUUGAAAACAAUUUGGUGGUGGGGAGUGCAAUUUCAGAUAUGUAUUCUAAAUGCGGUGAAAUGCAACACGCAUUCAUGAUGUUUCAAAGCAUGCCUCAGAGAGAUAUAAUUGUAUGGAAUGGAAUUAUAGGCGGGUUUGCUCAAAAUGGAGAAGCAAUGAAAGCCUUGAAACUUUAUAACAUGAUGGUGCAAUUAGGACCUUCUGUUAUUUCUCCAAACGAUGUGACUUUUGUGGGUGUGCUUAGUGCAUGUAGUCACAGGGGUCUGGUACAAGAGGGCUGUCGCUACUUCAAUGACAUGAUUCAUAAGUAUAUGAUCAAACCCAAAAUCGAGCAUUAUACAUGUAUGGUUGACUUGCUUGGAAGAUCAGGGCUGCUUGAGGAAGCCGAGGCUCUUCUUCUGCAAAUGCCUUUGAAAGCUGAUGCGGUAAUGUGGAGCACGCUACUGGGAGCCUGCAAGCUGCAUCGGAAUUUAACAAUGGCGAAGCGCAUUUCUGGAGAUCUUCACACAGCAGGACCUUGGAAUUCCUCAAAUUAUGUGCUUCUUGCCAAUUCAUACGCUUUUAUGGGUGAAUGGAGCGAAACAUUAGAGAUUAGGGAAAGGGGGAAUUCAAAGGGAUUGAAGAAGAGUUUGGGAUGCAGCUGGAUUGAAGCUGGAGGUCAUAUGCACUCAUUUAUUUCUGGGGAUAAAUCUUAUCCCCUGAUUGAAAGAGUUUAUUCAGUUUUGAAGUCCAUAUACAUUCAAAUGUCUGAUAAGGCACGAAAGAAUGUUUAA